AUGCGUGUCCUUGUGGGGACGCCCUCACACCUUGACCCGGUCUUGCCCCCCCCCUUCCCCCCUCAGGGGGUCGCAGAAGCGCGCUCCCCUGAGGCGCCUGCGGGCGAAGCCGGCCGCUCCGCCCCCCCCCGGCCCGUUGAUCCAGAGGCCGUGCCAGAGCAUCGGAGCGGGCGCGAGGCGGCGGCGCGCGCCGCGGAAUCCAAAGACGCCCCCGACGGCAGCGCGAUCAAUGCGGGCAAUGCAAACACUCCCCCCUCCGCCCUCGACUCUCCUAUCCAUUAUCUUCCUCCUCCCGCAAUCAACUUCUUUGCUCGUCACUCCUCUCUCUCCUCCUCCUUCCUCACCAUUCCUCGCCAGCCACCUCCUUCCUCGUCCCUACUAGACCUUCUCAGACUUCUUCUAGAAUUACCUGGGUUUUCUCGACCUGGAAUGUUGAAUAUUAGAGUCUUCCCUACCCGAAAUGCUGAUUGUUUCUGCAAACACUAUGUUAAUAUAACACAGACAAAACUUUGUGUACCAAUUGGAAAUUUUCUAAAUGAUGCCAAAACUAUUCCGCCAGAAAAUAAAUUACUGAAUACUUAUUUUCAGUGGUACACAACCAAGUUAACUCUUAUUGAUCCAGUAGGCCUGCCUGCCAUUCCUCAUUCAUUCAUUUCACAAGAAUCCUAA